GUAAGAAGACAGUUCACAUUUGCAAAAGUCUCUCGCAGAAAGGCCAUGGUGCGGCUCCGUUGUCGAUUUGCCUGCAAACAGAAGCGGGAGUCAAACCUGGGGGAAGAAAAGGCUGGGUGUUGGCCCACAAGAGGUACUAUGCUAAAGACUCUUAAGCAGGGAAUCUGGGACCACCCUAAUCCAAAUGGGGCAAGGGACAACAAAAGUGGUGGGUCUUCAUCUUGUGGAACAAGUCACCAUAAACUCAGCCAAAACCAGGACUUGGAACUGAAGUAUAAUUCUCCUUAACGCCAGAUAUAUCUCCUCCCUGCUUCCAUAUGGUUUAGCAUUACACCGAACCAAGCCAGCAUAAAGAUUAAAGCUAUGAAACUUAUUUCAGAGUGACUGCAAACAUGGAUACUACAGAGCCCUUUAAUCAAGCAGGAGGAAGCAGCAAUGACUAUAAGUACUGGGGGAAAAUGUUGUUAGUAGUAGUAAAGAAGGUUUUUGGACUUCCGGGAAGGGUGACUUCGCUUGUGCCUGCUUUUGAGACGGGCUCCCACCGCAGAAGAAGCUUAUUCAGAUAUAAAUCAGUCAGAACAUUUUUUUUUUGACUGAUGAAAUUUCUCCCGGGCAGGGAGAAACGUAGAGAUCAACCUCAAAAGCCUGUUUUUGUUGGGAGGACUGGAUUUCAUUAAUUUAUGAGAAAAGGUCCAGCCAGCAAUGCCGGACGGACUUCCGAACAAGCUCUAUCUGAUUAAUGCGAUACGUUUAUCUUUUCUUCAAAGAGAAAACGGACUAACAGGCAAGCACCCUUCUUUCUAUUCUUUUUUUUACUUGGUUUAAAUUGUUGCAGCAAAAAGAGAUUUGUCAAAUGAAUCAGCUUUAAAGAACUUCUGGGUGAGCUAUAACUCUUCUCUGUUAUUCACGAAAUUAACAGCUUAUCUCUGUUUCUAUUGCAAAAAGCUGUCCUGGAAGUGCAUUCUAAAGAUAUAAACAGAAGAGGGAUUUCUAUUCCGAGGAACAUUAUAUUGUCUGGGACUAUUCUCUUUUUGGUCUAUUUUAUUUUGACGAAUCUGCUUCUUCACGACGCCACUAACUGUUUUGAUGCUGGGAACUAAAUUUGUUUUGUAUUCUUGAACAUAGAGAGAUAAGGCAGGCUGCUCUGUUUAUACUGUGAUGUCAUAAAGCCUGGAAUAUUAACCCAAUUGUUGCUGAAAUAAGAAGUGGUUCUUCUUUAUUUUUGUUUUGUUUUGUUCUCAUGGUUUUAAAAAUGGCAAUCAAGAAAGUGGCUGAGAAUCUGGAAGUAAUUAUGUUUCAGAAAAUAAUGGAUGAGAUUGAGAUAACGAAACAAACCCUGCGACAGGGCAGUAAGGAGCUGAAAAUGGAACUGAGCAAAAUGACGCAGGAGCUUAAAGAAAUAGGGGAUCCUGUGAGAGAGGAGAAUGAGAUCAGAGAUGAGAAAAGAAAAAAUAAAGGGAAGAUACAAGCCCUGGAGAUUGGAACAAAUGUGGAAUUGGAAAAAGAUCUGGAGUUUAUGGAUAUUAGAAAUAAAAUCUACUGUUUGGAAUUUAACGUUAUCUCUGAAGAAAUUAAUGAAGAUAUUAGAGAUAAAGUUAUCAAUGGCUUGGAUAAUCUUCUGGACUGGAAUGAUGUGAUGCAGCUUGAUAUAGAGAAAAUCUAUGGAAUUAACUGCAGCCAUGUGACAAUGGAAAAACUCUCAAGAGAUGAGCCAGUGCAUUCUGUAAAAAAGAAGAACAGAGAUAUGACUUUACAACAAUAUUUCAGCAACUUAUUCAGAAUUGAUGGCAAGAAAAUAUUUGGGAUAGAGGAAAUUCCCAUCAGACUCUUAUUAUAUGACUAUGGCUAUGACAGCAAGAUUAUUAUGGAAUACUGAUAAUGGAAGAUUGGACACUGAAAUUACUGGACUUAACAGGACUAUUGAAGAUGGAAGAUGGAAUUAAUAUGGAUAAUGGAAUAAUGGCUAUUGAAGUUAUUGGACCUAACAGAUUUUGAUGAGAUGGAUUAAUCGAUAUGUUUAUUUGGACUAUGGUUAUGACAAUAAGAUUAUUAUUAUUAUUAACGAGAUGGAUUAAUCGACAUGUUUAUUUGGAGAAAAAUUGAUAGAUAUAUUUCUUAAAGAAUUGAAACCUCUCCUUGACUUUUUGUGGAAAGAAUAAAGUAAUGUUUAUGAGAUUUGAUGAUUAAUUAAGAGAACUACUGGAGGAAAGUGAUUUUAUAAUAUAAUUUAAGAGACAGGAUUGUUAUAUAUUGUAGACCUAUAACUGAUUUGAUCUGUGACAAAU